AUGAAUUAUGGAUCCCAAGGACAGUCAUCAGUAAAUGCUUGGAAUCGAUUUGAUGUCUUGGAUCCUAAUUAUGCAUGGAAUAAUGCAACACCGAGUUCAGGUAUUGGUAUGGGGUUAACUCCUUACGGACAACUUUCUAGUGGUCCGUUUUCGCCCUACUAUAGUGUCACAGAGUUAAAUAGUUACAAUAGUAUGCCAUAUGGAAAUGUGAACAACAGUCGACUUGCCAGUGAUGGAUUGAGUUGUUUUGGACAGUCACAACCCUGGAACGUUACAAACAGCAAAUCAACUGCCUUGUCAGGGACAGUAUCAUUUCAAAAUUACAUAUCGACCGGUAUUAAUUCCUUACCCACUGUUUCCAGUUCAUCUGCAUUCAACGCCGUUAGUGGUCAAAGCAAUACAAACAAAUAUGGAAGUAAUACAUCUACGUCCAUUGUAAGUAACAUAUCCUAUCCUACACAAUCAUCGGUCACAAAUGCUUGGUCAGGUGCGAGCGGUGUUAGCUGUGCUUUAUAUACAGGAACGAACACUACUUCUACUCAAGUGCCGGCUAUUGCAAUUUCUGCUCCCACAAAUUUAAGUGCUGGAAGUUAUUCCUCAAAUGUCCCAAAUAUUACUUCAGCUGCCGGUAUAGUAGCACAAACUGCUGCUCAAACAAGGGAAUUAGAUCUGGCACGUAUGGAGGUGGUAGCUGCAUUACUUCAUGGUAUGCCAUUACAACCAGAAGAAGUCGAUCGUGCAGACUUAUUGGAUGCUAAAUCUCAUUUGAUUGCAAAGUGA